AUGAAGCAACUAAUUUGUGGCUCUGAUGCCAUGUUCGAAACCAAGCAGCUUCUUCUUCCUCCAUCUUGCUUCUGUAACACGCAGCAUGGUGAGGUUGCUAAUCUUAACAAUUGUCUUCUUCACUCACUAUAUUCUGAACUGGAUUACUAUCAGUAUGUGGAUGUUACAGCUACCAAAGGAAAUGAGUUUGAAGACUACUUUUUGAAGCGUGAGCUGCUUAUGGGCAUAUAUGAGAAGGGUUUUGAGAGGCCAUCUCCAAUCCAGGAGGAGAGUAUUCCAAUUGCUCUCACUGGGAGUGAUAUCUUGAAAAUUGAUCAAGAUAAAAAUGCUAUUCAAGUUGUUAUUCUUGUUCCAACGAGAGAGUUGGCUCUUCAAACAUCACAAGUUUGUAAAGAACUGGCAAAACAUUUAAGCAUUCAAGUCAUGGCUACCACGGGUGGAACUAGCUUGAAAGAUGACAUAAUGCGACUUUAUCAACCAGUUCAUUUACUUGUGGGGACACCUGGAAGAAUUCUUGAUCUUGCAAAAAAGGGUGUCUGCAUUUUGAAUGAAUGCUCUAUGCUUGUAAUGGAUGAGGCUGAUAAGCUUUUGUCACCAGAAUUUCAGCCUUCCAUUGAACAGUUAAUUCGCUUUUUACCUGCAAAUCGUCAGAUCCUUAUGUUCUCUGCUACAUUUCCUGUUACGGUGAAAGAUUUCAAAGAUCGUUACCUGCAUAAACCCUAUAUCAUCAACCUUAUGGAUGAGCUUACUCUCAAGGGUAUAACGCAAUAUUAUGCUUUUGUUGAAGAAAGACAGAAAGUUCACUGCCUCAACACUCUUUUCUCGAAGCUUCAAAUAAACCAAUCUAUUAUUUUCUGCAAUUCUGUGAAUCGAGUAGAACUUCUUGCCAAGAAAAUCACGGAACUUGGCUAUUCUUGCUUCUACAUCCAUGCUAAGAUGCUUCAAGAUCAUCGCAACAGAGUAUUUCAUGACUUCCGCAAUGGUGCUUGCAGGAAUCUUGUUUGCACUGACUUAUUUACAAGAGGGAUAGAUAUCCAGGCAGUAAAUGUUGUUAUCAAUUUUGAUUUCCCUAAGAAUUCAGAAACUUAUUUACACAGGGUCGGUCGAUCUGGAAGGUUCGGACACCUUGGUUUAGCUGUGAAUCUGAUCACCUAUGAGGACCGUUUCAAUUUGUAUAGGAUUGAACAAGAGUUGGGGACAGAGAUCAAGCAGAUCCCUCCACAUAUAGAUCAAGCUAUAUACUGUCAAUGAUCUGUGAUGGCUGGUCUAUUUGCAUGUGAUCGGAAGUGGUAAAAACUGGAACAUAGCUCUGCUUGUGGAAGGCAAGAUGAUUGUAACAUCGGGGGCUUAUAUAUAAUCAUGGUCUUGAUAAUGAAAGACUUUGUACCUGACUCGUGAGGCAGACGAUGCCAGAAUUUCCCAAGAUAUUGGGCAUCUCAUGGCCCUUGAACUCUAAAAAGUUAUGGUAUUCUAUAUAUCUUCGGGAUUAUAUCCUUGGUGCACUAGGUGACUGCUUUUCCUCUUAUUCCCUAUUGCGGUUAAGCUUAAGUUAAUCCGAAUGCAUGUUGUGUAGUCCGUUUGAAAAAAAAGUCUUCCUGCUUCCUUUCCUGCUUUCUGCUCUCGAGUUAUAAAUGAAAAAAGGGGAAAAGAAAAGAAAAACACACUUUUGUUUCUUUAUUUUGAUCUAUUUUGUGAAGUUUAAGAUAUAGCGUCUAGCUGCUUAUGGCAUCGCAGUAGCAACCGGUUGCCGUGGGACUUUGUGAUAAUUAGGAUUCUCCGUAUCUGUUUGCGCUUUGCUAUUUCAGGGUGUUGAUUUUGAAGGUCUGGACUUACUGUUUGCUGAUUCAGGAUUAUCACAUUGCCCGCCAGAAAUCCAUAUAAGUCUGAUGAAUCGUGUUUUGCAUCUUUUUUAUUUUCUGCUCAAGCUAAUUAAUCAGUCCAAAUUCAGCUACGACACUUUAUGAGAUCGCAAUACAGUAGGGAUGUUUAUUAAUGCAAAGGCGUGAAAUUGACAAUUGAA